AUGCCUGGCGCCGCGGACAAGGCCUCGGAGCUGUCCGAGAGGAUUGAGAGUUUCGUGGAGGCCCUGAAGCGGGGCGGCGGGCGGCGCAGCUCUGAGGACAUGGCUCGGGAGACGCUGGGGCUGCUGCGCCGGAUCAUCAUGGACCACCGCUGGAGCAACGCAGGAGAGCUGAUGGAGCUCAUCCGCAGAGAAGGCCGGAGGAUGACGGCCGCGCAGCCCUCAGAGACCACCGUGGGCAACAUGGUGCGGAGAGUGCUCAGGAUCAUCCGGGAGGAGUACGGCAGACUCCACGGACGCAGCGACGAGAGCGACCAGCAGGAGUCCCUACACAAACUGUUGACAUCCGGAGGCCUAAGCGAGGACUUCAGCAUUCCUUACUCCCAACUCCAGUCCAACAUCAUCGAGGCAAUUAAUGAGCUGCUUGUGGAACUGGAAGGGACAACGGAAAACAUCGCAGCCCAGGCUCUGGAGCACAUCCACUCUAAUGAGGUGAUCAUGACCAUUGGCUACUCCCGAACAGUGGAGGCCUUCCUCAUAGAGGCUGCGCGGAAGAGGAAGUUCCAUGUCAUUGUGGCCGAGUGUGCUCCUUUCUGUCAGGGUCACGAAAUGGCAGUCAAUUUGUCUAAAGCAGGUAUUGAGACAACUGUCAUGACUGAUGCCGCCAUUUUUGCUGUGAUGUCAAGAGUCAAUAAGGUGAUCAUUGGCACAAAGACCAUCCUAGCAAAUGGUGCCCUGAGAGCGGUAACAGGAACUCAUACUCUGGCAUUGGCAGCAAAACACCAUUCCACUCCACUCAUCGUCUGUGCCCCUAUGUUCAAACUUUCCCCACAGUUUCCCAAUGAAGAAGACUCAUUUCAUAAGUUUGUGGCUCCUGAAGAAGUUCUGCCCUUCACAGAAGGGGACAUUCUGGAGAAAGUCAGCGUCCAUUGCCCUGUGUUUGACUAUGUUCCUCCAGAGCUCAUUACCCUCUUUAUCUCCAACAUUGGUGGGAACGCACCUUCCUACAUCUACCGCCUGAUGAGUGAACUGUACCAUCCUGAUGAUCAUGUCCUAUGA